AUGCACAGCUCAUCAGCAGCCUUCCUUCUCGCCCUGCUGGGCACGGCGAGUUGUUCACCUGUCACGAUCCAACCCCGCCAGGCCGACUUCUCGGGCAGUCAGCAAGAUGGACUCGCCGCUGGGUGCAAGUCCAUGAUCGUCAUCUUCGCUCGCGGCACGACCGAGGGAGGCAACGUCGGUACUAUUGCUGGUCCGCCAUUCUUCCAGUCCCUGUCAACCCAGGUCGGCGGCAAUCUCGCCGUACAGGGUGUCGAGUAUCCCGCCGAUAUCCCCGGCUUCUUGGCCGGAGGCGACGCCAACGGAUCUCAGAUGAUGGCCACCCUCACAGAGCAGGCCAUCACCAACUGUCCGAACUCGGCCGUCAUCAUAUCUGGCUACUCCCAGGGUGGACAGCUCGUCCACAACGCUGCUGCCAUGAUGCCAGCCGACAUGGUGGCCAAGGUUGCCGGUGCCGUCAUCUUUGGCGACCCACUCAACGGACAGGCCGUCCAGGGCGUGGAUCCAUCCAAGACAAAGGUCAUCUGCCACGACGGCGACAACAUUUGCGAGGGCGGCAACCAGAUCAGACGCGCUCACCUGACGUACGGCAACGACGCCGAUGAUGCCGCCACCUUUGCCGCCUCGAUGAUGCCGGCUGCUGCGGCCCCUGCUGCGGCUUGA